AUGGCGACACUUGAAUUCACCCGCUCGAAGCCGUGGGGUAAAGACAGGCGUUUCUUCGAUGUCAAGAUAAAGUUCAGUGCCAACGGUGUCACUUCCGACGUUCUUGCCUUCAAUGAAGUCAUCAUUCCGUAUGUGCCUCCUCCUCCCCAAAUGGAGAGAAAGGCGGCGAAAUACGGCAAGGAGUUCAUCUACGCCUCCACGUCUCCUCUGGUAAUUGAUGAUCCGGAACCACAACCCCUUCUUUUGUAA